GGCGCCGGGGCGGCGCGGCUAUAAGGAGCAGGGCGGUGCCCCAGGCUCCAGGCAGCGCCAUGCUCAGCGCGCAGGAGCGCGCCCAGGUGGCGCAGGUGUGGGACCUCAUUGCCGGCCAUGAGGCGCCCUUCGGAGCCGAGCUGCUGGUCAGACUCUUCACGGUGUUUCCCACCACCAAGACCUACUUCGGGCACCUGGGCAGCUGCCUGGACGAGGUGGCGCUGCUGAACCACGGACAGCGCAUGCUGAUGGCGGUAGGCGUGGCGGUGCAGUACAUGGACUGCCUGCGCGCCGCGCUGGCCCCGCUGGCCACCAUGCACGCACAGAUGCUGCGUGUGGAUCCCGCCAACUUCGCGCUGCUGAGCCACUGCUUCCAGGUGGUGCUGGCCUCGCACCUGCAGGACGAGUUCACAGUGGAGAUGCACGCAGCGUGGGACAAGUUCCUGGCGGAGGUCGCCGAGGUGAUGUCGGAGCAGUACCGCUAAAUGGCGCCACCCCGCUCUGUCAAUAAAAUGCCUCGAACCCCA